GACCAGUGCGCAAGCGUGCGCAUGCGCGGGCGCGAGGAGCGAUGGCAGGUGUUGGGGUCGAGCGGCUGCCGGCGAUGGUGCGAUUCUCGCUGCUCGUGCUCGCUGUGUGUGCUGCGGGUGCCCAUGGGCUCUAUUUCCACAUCGGCGAGACGGAGAAGCGUUGCUUCAUCGAGGAAAUACCCGACGAGACCAUGGUCAUCGGCAACUAUCGCACCCAGAUGUGGGACAAGCAGAAGGAGGUCUUCCUGCCCUCCACCCCUGGCCUGGGCAUGCACGUAGAAGUGAAGGACCCGGACGGCAAGGUGGUACUGUCCCGGCAAUAUGGCUCCGAGGGCCGCUUCACCUUCACUUCGCACACACCCGGUGACCAUCAGAUCUGUCUGCACUCCAACUCCACCAGGAUGGCUCUCUUCGCUGGAGGCAAACUGCGUGUCCACCUGGACAUCCAGGUUGGGGAGCAUGCCAACAACUACCCCGAGAUCGCUGCCAAGGACAAGUUAACAGAGCUGCAGCUUCGCGCCCGCCAGUUGCUUGAUCAGGUGGAACAGAUCCAGAAGGAGCAGGAUUAUCAGAGGUAUCGUGAAGAGCGCUUCCGUCUGACCAGUGAGAGCACCAAUCAGCGGGUCCUGUGGUGGUCCAUCGCCCAGACUGCCAUCCUCAUCCUCACUGGAAUCUGGCAGAUGCGGCACCUUAAGAGCUUCUUUGAGGCCAAGAAGCUGGUGUAGGGCCCUUGCCGUGUGACCUUUCCCUUUUACCUCAGUUGUUUGAUAAUUUCCCCACCCAGUCCCUGUCCACUUGGAUCCUGAGGAGGAAAAAUGAAAAGCAAUGUGUCACAUUGGUAUCGUGGCAAGAAGCCAUUCAGAUCAGCUACCUUUUGACCCUGGUUCUCCAAGAAACAGACAUUGGUCCAAGCUUUCAAAAUCUGCCUUAGGGUUUGGGAGAAGUUGGAAUUAACUCAAGAUCGAGUCGUUUCUUUUGCCUCUGAUUCUCCCGUUUCGGGUUCGUCUGCCUGUGCAGUGGGCAGCUGGCAGCCCCCAUGGAGGAAGCACUGUCUCAGUGCUCCUGGGCCAGUCUUGAGUUCUCUCAAUGGCUUUGUGAAUGUAAAUAAGGGGCACUUCUUGGCCCUGAAGGAUUUAGAUUUUUUCUAUAUUUUAGAACUAUUUUUGGAUAAAUUAUAUAUUUUCCUUCCUGGUUGAAUCAUCACUGCCUGUAACUAGCCAAAAACACUAAUCCAUACUUAUGCAUUCUGCUUACUCGCACAUUUUUAGUACCUGCUGUGAAGUGCUCAGAAAGCAGACACUAUAACUCAAAUCCGUGUUAGAAGGCCAAGAAGAGUUCUCUUGUGAGUCCAGUCCACAGGGUCACACAGUUGGGUAAGAGGGUGACAGUAAUUCCGAGCAGUGUACUCUCCCCUCAACGUUUCCUUAAGCAGGUAAUGUUUUGUAGAUUUUUUUUGUUUUUGAGUCAGUCUUGCUCUGUUGCUCUGGCUGGCCUGGAACUCCCUGUGUAGACUAGACUAGCCUCAGAUCCACCUGUGUCUCCCUACCAAAUGCUGUGACUAAAGAGGCAUGUGCCACCACACCUGACAUAAAUAGUCAAGGCAGGUUUUGGUUCUGUACUCAGAUUUUCUUUCAAUGAAAUGAAACACAGGCGCCAUGUUUAUAUAAAAUAAGUGUGGGCAGAGGUGAGGCCAAACAAGAAUAAAGGGGGAGAAAGGGACGUUACUGGCCUGGAUUGACUGCUGGUCUUUGUAGACAACCGUGCAGUAGACUUUUAACGGGCACUCGUGGUAAGGCUUGGCCUGGGAGGUGGGAUGGGUUGAUUGCCAUAGGUUACCCUAGUAAAUACGGUAUCAGCAAGGAACUAACAAACCAAAUCAUAAACAGUUCUUACGGUACUUCCCUCAUCCCCUUCUGUAUGAAACUCAUGCCAUCAGUUGCCCAUUCUUGAUAUUUUAUUCACAGCUUUAUUACAUAUUUAUUUGGAAUAUUUAUUAAAUUUCUUUUUCUGACUUAUA